AUUGGAAACCAAUUUAUCCAUCAUUGCUUGCUAUAAGUCAACGUUAUUUAUUAUCCACAACAGAAGCUGCUGCAUUACAAGAAAUCUAUCAAAAAAUUGACAUAAUUGAAUUAGCAGAGAUGAUAAAAGAUGUUAGUAUAGAGACAUGUUUAAGUAUAAUUGACCUUUUGUCAUUACUCUGUAAAAAAUAUCAAGAGGAACAUCAUACAUAUUGUUAA